AUGGACGACGACAACAAAACACCGCAAGUGGAGGAGGCCAACGCCGAGUUGAAUUCGGAGCAGAACGAUGAGCCCGAAAGGGUAAAUGUACCCCUGCAGUGGAGGCUGGCAUCGGUCGUGCUCAUCUCCCUCAUUGGCUUCGGAGGCAAUUGGAGCGCCGGCAUCACAGGCGCGAUGAAAUCUACACUGAAGAAAGAGCUGCAUAUCAACAACAAGCAGUUCUCCCUGCUCGAGGCCAGCGAGGACUUCAUCGUCACAUCUCUUAUUCUCUUCAGCGGCAUCGUUACGGACAAGGUUGGUGGUGCGAGCGCCAUCAUCUACGGCAACGGAAUCUAUUCGCUUGGCUCGAUUAUCAUUGCUGCGGCAGCUCAGAUCCGGUCUUACAAGGUCAUGAUUGGUGGCAGGGUGAUACUCACGUUUGGAGAUGUCGCCACGCAAGUAGCGCAGUACAAGAUGUUCUCGUCCUGGUUCCCACCGAACAACGGCUUUGGGUCCACGCUUGGGCUGCAGCUCGGGCUGGGUAAGAUUGGAUCCUUCGUGGGGAAGGCCACUGCCAAUGUCAUUGCCAAGAACACUGGAAAUUUUGCGUGGACUUUCUGGGUCGCCGUCUUCAUCAACCUUUUCACUAACCUCAUGACCGGCGUCUUCUGGUGGUUCAACAAAGUCGCCACCAAGAAGUUCGUCGGCCGUUCCGACCCCGUCACGGGCGAGGAGCUCACCGAGAAGAACAAAAAGUUCGAGCUGCGGAAGAUCAUCGAGUUGCCCUGGCACUUCUGGGCGGUUCUUGCCUUCUCCCUGCUCGAGACCAGCACCGCCAUCGUCUUCCUGCAGAACGCCACAGAGCUCGCUGAACAGCGCUUCGGGAUUGACUCUGUAAAAGCCGGCUGGUACUCAGCCAUGUCUCAGUACCUGGGUUUCUUCCUCGUUCCCUGCGUUGGGAUUUUCAUUGAUCUCCUUGGAAACCGCAUCACACUGAUGGCCAUCUGCGGCACCGGCGUCUUCAUCUCCAUGGCUCUCGUCUGCUGGUCCGGCACGACAGCCGGCAACGCGGCCGCCUUUGGCAUCUACGCCUUCGCCUACUCUCUCGGCCCGACCACCAUCAUCGACUCGAUCCGCACUUCCAUGUGGCACCAGUCCGUCUUCGGAUCCGCCUACGCCAUCAAGAUUGGGAUGAACAAUGCGAUGAAUAUCAUUGUCCGCAUCGUCACUGGCGCCAUCCAAGACGCCGACGACAACUCGUACGACCGCGUCGUCAUCGUCUACGUCGCGCUGUCCAUCGGCUCCGUCCUCGUCUGUCUCAGCCUGCUUCUGCUUUCGUUCCGCUUCGUCGAUCUUCGCCAGCUGCAGUGGACGCGGAAGCAGCGCUUCGCCCGUAGCGAAGUGCUUUUGGAACGCAAGCGCAAGUUCUACGGCGAGGACAAGGAGCGGAAUAAGAAAAUCUCGCACGCGUGCUUCGGAGCGUUGCUGCUGUUGAUCGUCGGCAGUUGGUGCGGGUAUUUCUGGGGCGUGGCGACGGGAAAUAAUGACUAA